AUGGCAAGUAAGCUCAGGUUGGAGGGUAAAGUGGCUAUAAUUACGGGUGGUGCAAGUGGCAUUGGAGAAGCAAGUGCUAGAUUGUUUGUCCAACAUGGUGCUCGUGUUGUCGUUGCCGAUAUUCAAGAUGAACUCGGUCUCCAAGUAGUCCAAUCCAUCGGAAUCCACAAAGCCACUUACCGCCACUGUGACGUCACAGACGAGAAGCAAGUUGAGGAUACCGUAGCUUACGCGGUACAGAAAUAUGCUACUCUUGACGUCAUGUUUAGCAAUGUCGGGACGCUCAACUUCUGCAGCGUCCUCGACAUGGACAUGACAGCCUUCGAUGAGACAAUGACUGUCAACGUAAGAGGAUCCGCGUUAGCAGUCAAGCACGCGGCUAGAGUUAUGGUUGAUAAGAAAAUUCGGGGAUCCAUUAUAUGUAACGUGAGUUUAGAGGGUAUUCUAGCUGGGGCCGCUUCAUUAGCCUACAUUGCGUCAAAGCACGCAGUUGUAGGCAUUGUGAAAGCGGCCGCACGUGAAUUAGGUCCAUAUGGGAUUAGGGUGAAUGGGGUGUCACCUUAUGGAAUAGCGACGCCGCUGGUGUGCAAAGCAUAUGGGUUAGAUGCGGCUCCACUGGAAGCAGCAAUAAAUGGAAAUGCAAAUUUGAAAGGUGUUACAUUGAGCACAAUGCAUGUAGCACAAUCAGCACUUUUCUUGGCGUCUGAUGAAUCUGCUUACACAAGUGGUCAAAAUUUGGCUGUCGAUGGCGGACUUAGUUCUAUUUUGAAGCUACAAUAAACAAUUCUCAA